AUGGAAGAAUUAAAAGACAAAAAUAUUCAUCAAACCACUAUAAAAAUUUGUGAAGAUUUGAAGAACUCAAGCCAGUAUAAGAGCUUGUUCGAAGAUAUACAGAAAUUAGUUGCAACACCCAGUGUGAAAAUAGAAGAUUUCAAGAGCACGUUGCUGAAGUGUAUGCAGGAAAAUGGUUUGGAAGCUGAGUUAAAGAAUAAUAUCUAUCGUUGGGUUAAAAUGAAGAGGAAAGAAAGCAGUUCAUAUGAUUCUUUUUCAAAUCAAGUUUGCCUUAUUUCGUAUCUCUCAAAAUCACAAAUCCAUUGGGAUAAGAGAAUCCAUAAAUCGUUGAACUCAAUGUGCAGCGAAUUAGGUAUUAGUUUGGCAAAAUUAAGAGGAAACGCGAGAAAAAAAACUUUGGAACAAGGGAUGACUGAGCAAUUUGAAACUGAUAUUCAUAAGUACCGACCAGUCUAUGCUCCAAAAGAUUUUUUAGAAGUGUUAUUAAACUUAAAGGGUCCUAACAGAGACAAGUCCAAAUGCGAUAAUCAAAGAUGGGAAUUUGCGCAGUUACCGCUCAGAGUGAAAAACUUAUCAGAACUGAGAAAUCUCUACUUAGAGAUAUCAAGAGGAGAGCAGAUUCUGAACAGCAACACCAUGCUGAGUACGAAUCAAAACUUUGUUCAGUUAGAAGCGGAAAGAAUAUUGCUUGGUGAAAAAAUUCUUAUGAAGAAUUACGCACCAUUAGCUCAAGAAUAUUUGAAGAAAGGAUGUCCAAAGUGUUUAAGAGCGAGAAUAUGGGCCUUGCUGUUAGGUGCUGAAAUUAAAUCAUAUCAAAUCUCCUAUUUCGAUUUUCUGAAACAAAACGUUCUACAAUACGACCUGAUGAUAGACAAGCUAAUAAUUAAAGAUAUCAAUCUGACAGCUUCAAACGACGACCAGUAUUUUGUAUUUGAAGAUGUCUUAUAUCAGGUAAUGCUUUGUUUCUCCAGAGAUUCGGAAAUAUUGAAGUACCUGCCCAAUCAGCCUGCAUUUAUGCAAGUGGCCUUUAAAGGAAAACCGAACACACCCGAGAAUACCAUUGUGUUUCCACCAAGUGGUGUCAUACCAUUUCACGGCUUUACAAUGUACGCUGCCCCAUUUUGUUACCUCUUCAACAAUUCUGUGGAGCUUUACUUCGUAUUUCGAGCCUUCUACUUGAGAUAUUGGCAUCGAUUGCACAGAGUCUGCGCAAGUUCCCAAGGAAUAGUGUCGCUCUGUUUGCAAUUCGAAAGAUUAUUGCAAUGUUACGAACCAAACUUGUGGAACCAUUUCAAAAAGUGCAGAAUAUAUCCCUUAAGAGUGGUUAUCAAGUGGAUCAUGAGAGCUUUCAGUGGUCAUCUCCCACCAGAACAACUACUGACUUUAUGGGACAUUAUUUUGGCCUACGAUUCGCUGGAGAUCAUCCCACUAUUGGCAGUGGUCAUCGUCAUUUUCAGGAAGGAGAAUCUGAUGAAAGUUAACACUCUAGCUAACGUUGAAGCCGUGUUAGCUGACCUCAGCUCUAUAGCUGUAGUGCCUUUGCUGCAAAUGGCAUUGAUGAAGGAGGAGGGUUGAAGAAAUAUAUCUAUUGUGUUUGUUGAAAAAUAAAGUUGGAAAAUAAAUUUUAGAAUACUGAUCGA